AUGGCAUACCGCGGUGUUGAUCUCAUCCUUUGUCCCUACCAUGUCGGCAAACAAGACCAAGGGGUUGGCAAUGGACCUCGAGCCAUUCUCGACGCUGGCAUACGCGAAGUAAUAGAGUCGCAUGGCAUCUCCUUCUCGACUACCACGAUAGAUCCAGUAAACGACUUCGAGGGUGAGAUCGGACGGAGCUUCGAGCUCUUACGUCGCAUUGCGGCGGCAGUCAAGGCAGCCCGAGCGAGCAGAAGCUUUCCAAUCGUCCUGGCAGGCAACUGCAACAGCAGCGUGGGCGUUUUCGCAGGCCUGACCGCAGGAGCCGUACCGCACGGCGAGCUGGGUAUCAUAUGGCACGAUGCGCACGACGACUACCAUAACCCCGAUACACUGGAGAGCGGCUACUUCGACGCGAUGGGUGUCUCGAUGCUGACGGGCGAGAGCUGGAAGGGGUUGACGUCUUCCAUACCUGGUUUUCAGCCCAUGCGGAAAGACAGGGUCGUGUUCUGCGGUGUCCGGGACGUCUCAGACAGCUACGCGAAAGCGCUGCAGAGCAUCCUUGGCCAGCUUGAGGCUCCCAGGCGGGCCAUAGUGCACUGGGAUCUCGACUCCUUGGACUCGGGAUCUUGCGGAAAGGCGAAUAGAUUCGCCGCGUCUGGUGGCCUGACUGGAGACGAUCUGCAAGGCAUUGCUGCUAUGUUACCAAAAACUAUCAUACCGGAGGCGCUCACGUUGGCUUCUUUCGACCCUAGCUGCUCUGAGCGAGGAGGUGCGGUCAUUGCGGGCAUUUCUGUGAAGAGCAUCUCGAAGCUGCUGCAGGUCAUGGCUGAAGAAGGGCAGCUACUUCGGACGUGA